AUGAUCCAUCUCGAUCACAAUCACGCCGCCUCCCUCCCCGCACACGCCAGCUCCCCAAGCCUGAUCCUCGCAAACUCCCCGCAUGCUGAUCAGGCCGCUGCCUCCCCGUGGUCGUCCCCCUCGCGUGAUCCCAGACCGUUCUAUCCGGAUUCCCAGGACCACGCCCCGCCAGAGCCCUCUGAGCAGCCUCAGCCCGCGCAGGACGAGCCGCAGGACGAGCCGCAGGACGAGCCGUCGCUCCCGCAUUCGGCUGGCCCAGGCGCCCCUACCGACUCCCAGAAUCCGCUUUCUCUUUCUGAGCCAUCGCCACGCAGUACGGCAGACGCGCGCUCACCGCCUCCCGACAGCAACUCCUCGCUGACGCCCCCUCCGGAUGCCGCGACUCCCAAUCCAGCGACGGAGGCCCCAUCACAACCACCCGAGGACACGACGGACACCGCUGGUAUGGCCGAGCAGGCUGGAGCACAGGGAUCGGAAGAGGUCGACAAGGCAUCUCGUCAGUCCACUCCUCUCAGCGAACUGUCAUCAGCCCCCGAGACCGCACCAGACGACGAGAACACUGGCGGAGACGCGCAGUCCAAUUCCAAAGACUCUGGUGCAGACGCAGGCGAUGCCGGGGCUUCCUCUUCGUCGCAGCAGUCGUCGUCGACCAAUCACAACCAACAAAAUAUCUCUGCGCGAUCCGCGGGGUCAGGUGGCGACCAGAGUGCGAGUACAGGCGGUCAAGCCCCUAAACAGGGCUCGGACGCGCCGUCGCUUGAUCCUAAAGUGGUCAGCAUCUUGGAGCUCAACUCGCUAUUGCUCAGGGUAUCUAUGGACUUCCAAGCGCGAGGCGUGCCCAUGACGGACCAAAUCUUUCAUCAGUACUCAUUAAGACUGCAAUCCAACCUGACGUGGAUAGCAGCCGCUGCGGAUGAAAACCACAAAGUCAGCCAAAGUCUUAUGGCGCUCCCCAUCAUGACACCACCUCCAGUCGUGGAGUUCGCGGAGAUGGACCGUAUUAUGCACGUAUAUCGCGAGCUCCCGAACAUCUUCUCCAAGGAGCUUGCACGUCGACAGCAAGCCGCCGGUCCCGGGGCCAUGAAUGGCAACGCGAAGCGCGAGCGUACGGAAGAGCCCUUUGACAACGCACACAAACGGCGUGACACUGGCGAGACCAAGGCGCAGACGCCAUCGGGGUUCUCGACGCCCGGAGCAGGCCCGUCUACGCCACUUCCUCCGCCACAGCUCAUGUCGCAAAACUCCAGCCAUUCAAACAUGAACAUGUCUAGCGGCCCAGUGCAGCGUAUGAGUAGUCCAUCUAUGCCGCCCCCGCCCGUGCCACCCGGUGCGAUGGGGCCAAACGACGCUCAGGUCGCCGCGAUGCGUGCGCGGCAGCUGCAAAUGCGCCAGGCCCAACAACAGCAGGCCCAGCAGCAACAACAGCAGCAGCAGCAGCAGCAACUACAACAACAGCAUAGCGAGAGCAGCCGGCAGAUGUCACCACCCGCAGGAAUGGGGCCACAGCACGGCGGGGCGGGGCCGUCGCCAAUACCGACGCUAUCGCAGCUCACCCCCGCGCAGCUCGCGAAUCUGCAGAGUAUGGGCCCGAUGGCCGUACAGCAUUUCCAGGUGCUUCAAAAUCCGAGUCAUCCGUUCAUGCAGUAUCUGGUGAGCCAGGUUCCCGGGUUCAUGUCGUUGCCGACCAUGGACAAGCUCCAGAAGAUGCAAGUCGCGCAGACCAUGCUACAAGCCCGUCGACAAGCCCAGGCCCAGGGUGGAAACGGCGGAUUCCCCCAGGGUCCCAUCGCUCCCCAACAUUCCGGAGAAGGAAGCCCGUCACGAAUGUCACCCGUACAGCAGCAGCAGUCACCCAUGCAGCAGUCAUUCCCCUACGGCAGCGGUGGCGGCGGCGCCCCCAACGAGUCGCGCAUGAUGUUCACGCCCCAGCAGCAAGCAGCACUAGCGCAGAUGAACCCGCAGCAGCGACAGCUCCUCCUCAUGCAGCAGCAGAUGCUCCGCGGGGGUGGCGGCGGCGGAGGCGGCGGCGGGAACGGCAUGAACCCACAAGCGAUGGGCCAGCAGCAGAUGAUGCAGGAGCGGAUGCGGCUGGAGCAGCAGCAGCGCAUGCAGGCUGCCGCCGCCAGCCAAGGCGGCUCGCAGAACAUGGGCGGCAUGGACGGCUCGCAGUUCCCCGCGCUCCGCUCAAAUCCAGGCAUGCCUGGGAUCGCCCGCAGUGCGCGGACCCCAUCCGAGUCUGGUCCUUCACCGGUCUCGCAGCACCGGAUGGGCGGCGGCGGCCAGAGCCCAGAAGAGCAGCACCAGCGCGCGAUGAUGAUGCAGCAGGCGCAGGCCCAGCGCGCGAUGGCCAUGGGCGGCGGCGGCUUCCCCGGCGGGCAACAGCAGUCUGGCGCACAGGGCUGGAGCCAGAACGGCAUGGGCCAGAUGCAGCAGCAGCAGCAGCAGAUGGGCAUGGGCGGGCAGAGCCAGUACGGCAUGGUCUCCCCCCCAGGCUCGGCGGGCGGGUCUGGCGGCGGCGGCGGGUUCCCGGGCAUGGGUGGGGCGCCGUCGCCCGCCGCGUCGGGCAACGGCGGUCAGAUGUGGAGCCAGGGCGGGGGGCAGUUUGGAGGCGGGCCGUUCAUGGCGCCGUCGCCGUCGGCGAGCCAGCACGAGGGCAUGACGCCCGGGCGCGGCGCGUCGGGGACGCCGGGGCCGCACCAGCAGAUGCAGGGCAGCCCGACGGCGGACCAGGCGGGCCUGAACGACCUCGAUUUCUUCAACUGGGGACACUGUGAGAGAGCACGGUACUUCGCGUCCCGCCCGGACCUUUUCAACGGCUCCGGCUCGGGAGAGAGCAGCACGGGAGGCAUGAACGGCGUCCCAGCAGGACCGGCGGGCAGGGCCCAGAACGCUGCAGCGUCCGCGGUGUCAAGCGCGUUCUCCCAGGCCGCGAACCGCUCCGCGGACGCCAACGGGUGGAAGCGGCCUAACCCGGCUGCGACAGCGGAGAUCGGCAACUCGGUGGGGCGCGUGGCGGCCGCGGCCGCGGCGCUGAAGCUGAACCCAGGCGAGCAGACCCCAAGCGGGAAUGGCGGGUUCCCGCGUCCACCUGCGAGGAGGAUGAACACGGGCUCGUCGAACGAAGAGCCACCCCCACCAGAGCAUGCUAAGCUCACACCCACAAGAAAAUUCGGCGACGUCGACAUGUCGUCGGGCAAGAACAUGUUCAACUCCCUGCGGAACUCGACCGCCGCGAAACACGCAGCGCCCGCGCAGGUCGCCCCGCCGACCCCGCCCGCGUUCCAGCGCAAGAACGACUUCGCCCCACCGCCGAGGCGCGUGCCGUCCACCGGCUCGUCGCGCUCGUCCGUCAUCUCGAACUCCGCGCCUCCACCGCCGAUUCCGCGGCGGACGCAGGAGCCGGAGCCGGAGGAGAGCGGGGAGUGGGCGGAGGCGAUGUAUGACUACCAUAGCGAGGACCCGGGCGAUCUGGACCUGCAGGAGGGCGUGCGGGUGCUCAUUUUGGAGAAGACGUCGGAUGAUUGGUGGACAGGGGAGAUCGACGGUCAGCGGGGACUCGUUCCCGCGGCGUACGUCAAAAUUCUCUAGUUCCCGACAUGACUGAAAAACCCUGCUGCUACGAGCGCCGUUGCCGUCUGCCACUAGACUCUCUUUACCCCAGGACUUCUUGUGUCUUCCUUCCGUUCAUCAUCUAUGUAUAGUGGCACAUAUGUACUCCUGACGACUCUUUGUCUCUCUAUCUUAUAUUAGGCUGAUGCAAGGAUUAUUUGCAUACCCC